AUGGAUGAGGAAACAGACCCGGGGGAAUUGGGUUGCCUGCCCAGGUUCACAGAGCUGCUAAGGCCAGGGCCAUGUACCUACCAUGUAGGUCCCCUCUGUCCUGAGGUUCAGACAGCCUUCCUGGGAUGGAGAGCGGCUGCGGCCUCCAGCUGCAGGGGUGGGAAGGGCAGGCUCCCCUACCCCGCUGACCCUGCCGGCUCACCCUGCCUGUCCCUCCUGCAGGUACUUCCUGGACUCUACCUCGGAAACUUCAUCGAUGCCAAAGACCCGGAUCAGCUGGGCCGAAAUAAGAUCACUCACAUCAUCUCCAUCCAUGAGUCACCUCAGCCUCUGAUGCAGGGCAUCACCUACCUUCGCAUCCCAGUAGCCGACAACCCUGAGGUACCCAUCAAAAAGCACUUCAAAGAAUGUAUCAACUUCAUCCACUGCUGCCGCCUCAACGGGGGGAACUGCCUUGUGCACUGCUUUGCAGGCAUCUCUCGAAGCACCACCAUCGUGACAGCGUAUGUGAUGACUGUGACGGGACUAGGCUGGCGGGAAGUGCUCGAAGCCAUCAAGUCCACCCGGCCCAUUGCUAACCCCAACCCAGGCUUUAGACAGCAGCUUGAAGAGUUUGGCUGGGGCAGUUCCCGGAAGCUGGAGGAGCGCUCGGAGAGAGCCGUUCGCGACGAAGAGGAGAUGCGCUCGCUGCAGCCGCUGUGCAAGCGCUGCCGGCAAGGCUCCGCGACCUCGGCCGCCUCCCCCGCGCCGCAGGGCUCGGCCUCCGAGGGGACCCUGCAGCGCCUUGCGCGGGCGCCCCCGGAAGCCCACGGGCCGCUGCCGCUGCUGGCGCGCGUCAAGCAGACUUUCUCUUGCCUCCCGCGGUGCCUGUCCCGCCGAGGUGGCAAGUGAGGAGCCCGCCCCUCCUCCUCCUGAGCGGCCCCCCGACGGGGGCUGUCUGGGCCGCCCACGGCCUCCAGGAGCGCCCAGCGCCGGGGGCGCCCCGCGGCGGCCGGCCCCCUGCUCCUGCCCCCUCUGCCCGCCCUGCUUGUCUGCGGUCGUGCGCCCGCCUCUGUCCAGGCUCUCUGGGUGGGGCCC